AUGGCUCAGUGCUCUCCUGGAAUUGCACUCGACCAGAUUUGUGUCAUGAGUCUUCUCUGGGUUUGGUUCUUUGUUCCUGAGACUACAGGGAGAAGCCUUGAAUCAAUGGAUAUAUUGUUCGAUCUACCUUGGCGCCAGAUCGGUCGUUGUGGAAAAUACCUUGCUCCUGAUGGGAUUGCUCACUUUGAUGAGAAUGACAGAGAGAAAGCCGCUGCAGUCCGUCAGGAGUAG